AUGAAGCUUACUAUCUCCCUCUUCGUUGGUUUUGCUGCUCUCGUGGCAUACGUUCAGGCCACUCCAACUCAACCAUCAGCCGCCCCAGCCACCGGGCAGUUUACUAGGGCCCCCGGAACCGUCAUCGACACAAGCAAGCUUCAGAACAAGAUGUCGGUCAAGCCGUUCAAGCGUGAUGCUGCAACUGAUAACAACGAGAUUCUCAACCUCGACCUUGGUACUAUUUCUGCUCCUAUUCAGCCUGGGGAUCCCAAUCACGGCAUCCCCCCUAACCACUCUGGUGCAGUUCGUGGUCGCUCAGAGGCGAAUAUAAACUGCCCCAACUAUGCACCAUGGAUCUGUGAGGGGGGAGGACUCCUCUGCCUGGACCCCGAUGUCUGUGUCAGGGAUAUAAUGGGCUAUCCCGCCUGCCAUAAGAAUUAG